AUGUCGUAUGGGAGGUUGGGAGCUUUAUUAGCAGAAUACGUUCUAAAAAGGGGACUAGCGACGGAUGUACCAGCAUAUAAGACAAGUUUAUGGCAGGAUAUAGAGGCACAACUGGACCAAUUUAUAAAACAUUUGAAUGAGGAUGGCAUGGAAGAAGUAUAUUCUGCGAAUUGCAACAACACGCCAUGGGAGCACCCGAACCACCCGCAGGGGUCAUCCGUCGAAGUUCCAAGCCAGGGUGAUAUAAUUAUAUGCACACUUAUGACCAAAGCAUUGUGGUUUGCAAAUGGUUGGAGCAAAGCACCAGAGAUGCAUACGGAAGAUCAUAGUGGCGGGAGGACAGAAUUGAAGGAUUUUAUCAGAUGCGGAAUUGUAAAUAUGUUUAUGCACCUAUUGGAGGAAUCCGCAUGUGAGAGUACGUCGGGUUUAUGGUAUGCAUGGUACACUAUGAAGCACAUGAAGAGUGUAGAAAUGUUAGGACGGAACUUAAUACAUGACUCAACAUGUAACAACGGAAUGGAAGAGGAUAUUAAGGUAAAAGGAUGGUCUAUGAAAGAAAGUAUUACAAAAUGGUUACGUAGAAAUGAAAACAUAAGGAACAGCAUACACAAAGCAAGUGUAAGUACGAACUGUAGCCGCAAAAUAGGAGAACUCCCGACACAGGGGCAAGGUGCGAAAAAGACGGAGGACGCGGAUAAAGUAAAAGAGGAAGUAGCACGAAUAGCGCAGAAUGUGAGCAAAGGGAUGAGUACAAUAUUCAGAGAAAUUAAGAAGGAAGUGAAGGAAAGUGGUAGAAAGGGGGAACAAGCUACAUCCACAAAUCCUGACUCUCCCGCCGCAGCAUCGGACGUACCUGCAACAAAAGAGGCUGCAGCAUCACCGGCACCGACAGACACAAGCAAGGAUAAGAACACGCAUGCAGACACAUCACAUACUGGAGCAGCGCGGUCACCAGCACCGGCGAACACGGAAGAGACCCCAUCGGCACCGGCAGCACCGGCAGGAGAAGACGGGAAAAAAGGAGCAAAGGGUGAUGCCGGACCAGCUGGUCCACACGCAGACACUGGAGCACCCGGCGUAGGAAAGCCAUCAGCGACCGAAUCAACUAAUGCAGGUAAGUCCCCAGCGAAGAGAUGUGAUAAAGUCGUGCAGACUAUGGUAGGCGAGAGGACCGAUGAACAGGGUAAUAAAGGCAGUGUGAAAAUCUCUUUCGAAGCCGAACCCUCUACGCCUGCGUGCCUAAACCCGCACACGGACGUGCAUGUCACAGGACCUGAUAGUCCCCCCGGUUCCUCGGUGAAAACCAGUACGGAUGACCCACCUCCUCUCAAUCCACCCAAACCAAAACCACCAACCACGAGCCCGAAUCCACAUGCAGAUGAGGACAAUCCCUGGGGUAUUCCUUGCAAAGUGCGUGACGCAAACUGUGAUAUUCUCGGUGGUAUACAACAGGUAGACAAUAAUAUUGGAUUAGCAUCAGAUUUUAAAUUCGACAGAAAUAAGCUCGCGGGAGGAUUUAUACCCCCGGCCCCAGAAUAUAAAUCCGAUUCCACGAGUCUAAAUGAAGGCGGCGGCCCCUACCCACCUGACCUAACCGGCACGGUCCUCACCGCCACUACUCCCGUACUCUUCUUCCUGUCCGCCGUCACCGUCGCCCUUCUUGGUUAUUCCCUCUGGAAGUACUUUGCGUACCUCGGAAAAAAACGACGACGAACAUAUCGAACUAUACGUGACGUGCCGUCACCGCCACUCGACGAAGAAAUAUUGGACCAUUUACAACGCGGCGACCUGCCGCCACCCGAUUACGGGUACACGCUGGUUAGGGAUAGGCACCCUGCGUCAACAUCCGGUAGAGGACGCUCCCCGCGCGUGCAUAAGCGCACGAUCAUCGAGCUACAUCUAGAAGUGCUCAACGAAUGUGAAGUGGCCGACUGGGAAAGCGUCAAAGACGACUAUUUGCAGAUUGUCGUGGAGGAGUUUGCACAGCAGUUUGCGCGUGACUUGCACCAGGACACGGACACGAAUAACAAUAUCUUGGGUGUUUCUACCUCGCACGCCGCUUUAGCAACCCACGAUUCGACAACUGACCAUUCGACAACCCUGGAUUCAUGUCCACCUAACGAAGAUAACCCCGAUGCAUGGAGUUGUAUGAAACACAUACAGUUAGCAACGGACCCUUCUGCUUCUAACGAAGAUGAUCCAUGGAGUUGUAUGGAAACUAUACAGUUCGCAACGGACCAUUGUCGACCGAAGGACGAGGACCCACAUCCAUGGAGUUGUAUGGAAACCAUACAGUUAGAAACGGACCGGUCUCCACGUAAUGACUGGGAUUCAUGCAGUUGUAUGGAAAACAUACAGUUAGCAACGGACCCUUCCCCACCUAAUGAACACGACCCCAAUCCAUGGAAGUGUAUGGAAACCAUACAGUUAGAUACAGAACCCGACGCGCACUCCUCCCCGGGGAAUGAAAUCCGGGCCCCCGACUACAUCCAUUGGAUUAACUGGAUUGACCGCAACAAGCACCUAUUGCAGGAGUGCACGACGCAGCAGUGGUUUAGUGCUCUCAAAUCGGAAUGGAAACAAUACCUGCUUGCACACAUGGUGGCACAGGAGGACAACGGAGUAUCCGGGCAGCGUGAACUCGGUGAAGCGGCAACCCUGCCGAUGAAGAACCUGGAUGCAUGGAAACAAUGGGUUGCGCAACAACAUCGGCAAAUGAGUACAUACAAGGAAGAGGCGUGGUUUCAACAUUUGUUGCAUAAUGUAGAGGAGGAGACAGUACCGGAAAAAGGCGAAGUACCUGGAGUGGAACAAGACUUACAAGUGGAAAAUGCAAUGGGAACAGAACAUAUGCUAAGAGUGAGAGCUUUACCAUGCACGCAACUGCAUCAGCCCCCUCAUAUGAAACAACCGUUAACCGCUAAAAUAUGGAUACUGAUCCUGGCAUUAGUCAUAGAACAGUGCGAGGUCGAACGCAGUUUGCAGGAUAGGGAGUUAUAUGUGGAUGCUUUAUUACAGAAUAUGUGA